AAAAGAACAAUACAAGAAGUAGAAUCCCUAAGAAUGGCCUCCCUGAGCUCCAGCCUCUGGAAUGAAACCACUACAUCUGUUUAUCAGUACCUUGGUUUUCAAGUUCAAAAAAUUUACCCUUUUCAUGAUAACUGGAACACUGCCUGCUUUGUCAUUCUGCUUUUAUUUAUAUUUACAGUGGCAUCUUUAGUGGUGUUGGCUUUCCUGUAUGAAGUGCUUGACUGUUGCUGCUGUGUAAAAAACAAAACUGUGAAAGACGUGAAAAGUGAACCUAACCCUCUUAGAAGCAUGAUGGACAACAUCAGAAAACGUGAAAUUGAAGUGGUCUAGCACUCUACCUAAAAUGAACAAAAUCUCUGAAAACAGCCUUCAACUACUGAGAAAAAAGGAGAAUUUUCUGGGGCCAACUGUUAUUAUGAAAAUU